AAGCGUUUACACGACGGUGGUGCAAAUGUGAUCGAGCGUCCCCGCGAUAUCGGGAAUCUGAAACUGUUCAUGCAGCAGUUUCUGUACCGUUUUUGGUUGCUGCUUCUUGGUAUAUCAUUUUAUUUUGGACUCGCUGAAUUCUACGAAUAG